AUGGCCUCCUACGCCGAAGAAUUCCUCAAACUCGCAAAACACACCAAAGCCCAGGCCCAAGAGCCGGAAAACGCAUACGACCCAGCCAACGUCCGAGACACCUGGUUCUCGGCCUCGCACUACUUCCGCCGCGCAGACGUCUACCUCCACCGCAACUGGUCCAACCCACUCCUCACCUCCGUCUGGGCCGAGCAGACCGCAGCAUUCGACAAGGCCAUUGCGUCCCUGCCUAUCCCCGGCCAGCGUAUCCGUAUCCCUGCACCCGAGGGAAACUUCACCGUCGAGGCUAUCUGGUACUCUGCCACCGCCCCUGAAAGCAAGAACCGGAACCGGAAACUGCCUACCCUGGUUAUUGCCAAUGGCUUCGAUGCUGCGCAGGAGGACUCGUACCACUACUUUGUCGCGCCGGCUCUCGCGCGCGGCUGGAACUGUAUCUCGUACGAAGGACCGGGCCAGCCUACUGUCCGUCGGAACCAGAAUAUCGGGUUCAUCCCGGAGUGGGAGCGCGUCACAACGCCUGUCGUGGAUUACGUCUUGUCCGAGAAAGCGGAUCUCGUAGAUGAGGACCGGCUGGUGCUUAUCGGGAACUCGCUUGGCGGGUACUUUGCAGCCCGGGCAGCGGCGUUUGAGAAACGGCUUGCGGCGACAGUCCUGGUCGGUGGUGUAUGGGAUACGUAUGCGGCGUUCAAGAAGCAGUUGGAGCCAGAGAUUCUGGGGAUCUUCGAGGCGGGUAAUUACUCCGAGUUCGAUGAGACGGUGCUUUCAAUGCGGGAUGCUGGGGAGCUCUCUACGGAUGCGGCUUGGGGGCUUGACCAGGGGCUGUGGGCGUUUUAUACGCAUUCGCCGAGUGAGUUUUUCAGUCGGAUUGAGGAGUACAAUCUGGAGGGGGUGGCGGAGAAGAUUGAUAUGCCGGUGUUUGUUGGGGAUGCGGAGUUUGAGACGCUCUUCAACGGCCAGCCGCAAAAGGUCAAGGAUGCGAUCGGGGACAAGGCGACGCUGCAUCGGUUUGAUGGCGUUGCUGGGUAUCAUUGCCAGACUGGGGCUGACCAGGAGUUGUCGAGGACUGUUUUUGCGUGGUUGAACAAGACUCUUGGUGGGGAUGCCUGA